UUCGUCAAGUUAUUUUUGUACGCAGUUUCCUUUUUCCUUCGUAGUGGAAAUAAGUGGAAGUGGAAGGAUUUCAUUUAUUCAACUUCUAACAAAAUACAUUCAAUAGGUAGUAGAUUCGAAUGGGAUUAAAUAUCAGUGAUUAAAACGCGGUUUAAAGUGAAGUUUCCACAUUCCUGUAUCACCUAGCACCGCUUGUAAGUAGAGUGAUGGGUCAGACCCUCUCGGAGCCGGUGACGGAGAAGCAGUCGUUCACAUGCCAGGACAGCCGCUUCCUCGUGGGCUCGUCCUGCAUGCAGGGGUGGCGGGUGUCCAUGGACGACGCUCACACUCACAUACUGUCACUGCCUGAUGAUCCAGGAACGGCUUUCUUCGCUGUGUACGAUGGGCAUGGAGGAGCAAACAUAGCAGAGUAUGCGGGCAAACACCUUCACAAGUUCAUCACAGCACGGCCGGAGUACCAUCUUGGGAACAUUGAAGAGGCCAUGAAACAGGGUUUCCUAGACCUGGACCAGGCGAUGCUCGAAGAGGACCUUCAGGAGAAGGUGGCGGGCAGCACGGCCGUGGCGGUGCUGGUGCGCGGCGGCGCCGUGUACUGCGCCAACGUGGGCGACUCGCGCGCCGUGGCCUGCGUCGCCGGGCGGGCUGAGUCCCUAUCCUACGACCACAAGCCCAACAACCCUGAGGAGCUGCGCCGCAUCACGGCCGGCGGGGGCUGGGUCCAGCUCAACCGGGUCAACGGGAACCUGGCCCUGUCCAGGGCGCUGGGAGACUACGUGUUCAAGAGGAACAGCCGCCUGUCGGCCAGGGACCAGGUGGUUACUGCUUACCCCGACGUGCAAGUCCGGCAGCUGACAGACGACUGGGAGUUCAUAGUGAUCGCGUGCGACGGCAUCUGGGAAGUUCUGUCUAAUGAGGAAGUAAUCUCCUUCUGCCGCGCCCGCCUGCUCUCCGGCUGGGAGCCUACAGCAGUCUGUGAGGCUCUCAUGCAGCGCUGCCUGGCGCCCAACUGCGCCACUGGCGGCGUGGGCUGCGACAACAUGACCGUGCUCAUCGUGUGUUUUCAAGCACAUGUGCAGCAGCAGAAUCCAAACGCGACGACGCCAGAAAUGGAAGAGCUGAACAGUAAAUUUAAAACAAAGAUGGAGGAUUUACUGUACGUGGAGGACGACGAAGAGGAUCUAAAGUAAAUAUUUGUAGUAUUUCUAAUUACUAAUCACGAUUUAAUAGCAGUGUAAAUAUUUUUGACAUAUUUUUUAGUCAACAUUUUGUGAUCAAUUUAAUUUUUAUCUCGAUAGGAUAAAAAAUCUAAUUAUUUGUUCUAAAUGUUUACAGAAGAAGAAAACAUAGUCAAGUACCUACUUGAUCUUAAUGUAAUAAUAAGACGUAACAGGAGAAAAACUUUUUGAGUUUUAAUAUAAUUAAUCAAUUCUAACUCUUCUUUACUGACACAUGAGUGAUGUAGAUAUAUAUUAUUAUUAUUAUAAAAACUAUAAUGAGUAAGUCAAUCUACUUAUUACAAACUUAUCGAAAACAAUGUAGUUUCAGAGGACCAUCAUAGGGAAUUUUUAUUGGAAAUUAUAUAGCAAAUUACUAAUCGGCAGAACUCUAGAGUGAGACAACAAUAUUAUAUUAUUACUUACUAUCCACAGCUUUAGAGUCAAAUUCAAUUGAUAGCUAUACUUACUUACAUAAUAAUAAAUAAAUUUGUUUUUAUUCUAUUACAAAUUACAAACAUAAUAAAGUGAAUUACGCAAUGUCAUAGAAAAAAAGUAGUUAAAAAUUUAUCCCCUAUCCUAUGGGAUGUAGGAUUUUAUACUUACUGUAUUAAUGCAAGUCAUGAUUUUAUUAAAAUAAAAUCCAGAGCCUUUAGCAAAAAUUUUCAUCGUUAACGUGAAGUAAAAUUCAUCGAGUAUUUUUUUAUGAAUAUAUGAACAGCGCCACUGGUCGGUAGCAGAACUAAAAUUUUCCUAUUAAAUUCAUCGAGUAAUUUUACUUCACGUUUACGAUGAAAAUUUAUGCUACGGGCUCUUUACCCUUAAUAAGUAUGUAUGUUAGUUUGUUUUGUACUUAUCUAAACAAAAACGAUUUUGAAAGUCAAUUAAUAAGUAGCAGUUGUGUUAGUAGGUGUAGGUAAUAAAACUAAUGUUAAACCAUUUCAAAGAUAUGGUCAUGUAAAUUCAUUUUUUAAUAAAAUCUUAUUUUUCAAUUUCAAUGUAGAUAGACAAAUGUCUUUCGGUAUAAGUAAAAUUGUUUUUUUUUCAUAUUAUAAUUUGUUUUUGGUCUAUUAAAAUCCUGUAGGUCCGUCCAAAAUGUUGUUAUUUUUAUACAUUAGUCAUUUUCUUCUUGCAUUUACAAUGUUUCCUAUUUUGUUGUAUUAAAUUUUUAAUAUUCCACCA